CAUGAUCAACUUUUGUGGUAUUGUGUAUAUGGAUGAUAUCUUGGUUUAUUGGACUUUAUUCUAACUUAUUCCAUGGCCAUGCUCAGCACAUCGAAUGGAUGCUAAGUGCAUUGAGGGAUGCUGGGUUCAGAGUGGCCAUAUGGUGGCCUUCACAGGGGCUGGGGUCUCUACAUCCUGUGGAAUACCUGACUUUCGCGGUCCAAAGGGAAUAUGGACAAUGCAGCAUCAGGGGUUGCCGAUUCCAGAGGCCCAGGUCCCGUUUUAUCUGGCUCAACCAAGCCUCACUCAUAUGGCGCUUGUAGAUCUUAUGCAGGGUGGCAAAUUGAAAUUCAUCAUCAGCCAGAAUGUGGAUGCAUUGCAUUUGCGAUCGGGCAUUCCUCGGGCCUCGUUGUCAGAGCUACAUGGAAAUUGCUUCAUGGAGAGAUGCUCUUUAUGCGGUUCUGAAGCCCGUGCACUAGCAGCAGCUAGGGAAACAGCGAACGCCGCUAGGGAACAGGCUGCAGCAGCAGCCAGGGCAGCAGCCAUGGCUUCCACAGCAGCAUCCUCUGCUGCGUCCUCGUCUGGGACCCAGUUGGGAAUGCCCACAGGGUCCACGGGUACUUCUAGUUCAGUAGGUUCUCGACAGUCUACAAGUCAAAUGGCGGGCUCGCAGUUCAGCCCGUUGACCCCACGCGAAAGGGAGCUUCGAGAGCUCCAACAGGUCGAAAGGAUCCGUGAACGAUUAGAGAGGGAACUGAAGCAAGCAACCGAUAGAGAAAGAGAAAUCAAACAUAGAACAGCCAAGCUUGAUACAUUAGAGGCAGACAAAGGUGCAUUAGAGGGGUUGGAUGAGUCAGCCAUGUCUAACGACAUGAAAGUGUUGAAGAAUAGCAUGCUGUCACAGCAUGCGCAUGUGGACAGCAGACUAGACUUCAUGCAGAACUCUCUUGACAAGAUCUUGGACCUUUUGCAAAGGCCAGGAUUUAGGCCGGCAGCACAGUCGCCGUUGCCAUUAACGGCGAUGUCAAGCCCCUUCCCUUCUGUCGAAGAGCAUGCCCAGCACGUUGAGACUGUACUCUCACUCUUGCGACAACACAAGUAUAAGGUUAACUUAGAGAAGUGUGAGUUCGGACGUACUAAGAUCUUAUACUUGGGUCAUGAAGUAUCCGCGGAAGGGAUUAGGCCGGAAGAUGCGAAGGUGGCUAGUAUAAGGGACUGGCCACGACCUCAGACUGUUACUGAGGUCAGAUCUUUCUUAGGAAUGUGCGGCUACUAUAGGAACUUCGUAAAGAAGUAUUCUACAGUCGCCUCUCCUUUGACAGAUCUAACUCGACUUGACACGCCGUGGGACUGGAGUGAUGAGUGCGAGGCUGCUUUCAAACGAUUGAAGCAUGCACUCAUGAAUCAUAAGGUCCUCAUGGUUGCCGAUCCUCAAAAGCCAUUCAUAGUAACCACUGACGCAAGCCAAUACAACAUUGGCGCAGUGCUGGCUCAGCAGGAUGGGAAGAAGUUGAGACCGAUUGAGUACAUGAGCAAGAAAAUGCCAUCGAAGAAAUUGGCAAAGUCCACCUACGAAAGGGAACCCUAUGCUCUCUACAAGGCACUUGUCCAUUGGAGACAUUUUCUGUUGGGACGGUUCUUCUACUUGAGAAUUGACCAUCAGACACUCAAAUGUAUCAAGACUCAACCGGCUCUUUCUGAUGCACUCAAGCGCUGGAUUGAGGUCAUAGAUCAGUAUGACUUCAAGCUUGAGUAUCUGAAGGGAGAGUACAACAAGGUUGCAGAUGCGCUAUCUCGUAGAGCAGACUACCUAGGGGCGCUAGUUUCUGAGUUUGGUGUAUGUCAGGAAGUAACUCAAUCGCUGGUGGGAGCUUAUCAGGAAGACCCUGUCACGAUGGACAUCAUUUGCAAACUUCAGGCAAAAGACAAGACCACAGAGAAUGAGUUUGUGAUGGUGGAUGGGUUACUCUUUCUUGAUAAGGCCGGGUGUAAAAGGUUAGUAGUUGCAUCAAGUGAGAGUUUGCGUAGUUUAUUUCUAGGAGAAUGUCACAAUGCAACCGGACAUUUUGGCUACAAAAAGACGAGUGUCAAUCUAGUACAACGAUUUUGGUGGCCUGGAAUGCUAGAUGACGCAAAGAAGUAUGUAGAGACCUGUCAGGUCUGUCAGCGGGACAAGCCGCGAACUCAAGCACCACUUGGGUUGUUGAAGCCCUCACCUAUCCCCGCUGGUCCAGGACAUAGUGUUUCCAUGGAUUUCAUGGACACCCUGGUGACCAGUAAGAGUGGCAAGAGGCACAUCUUCGUCAUCAUCGAUCGAUUCACCAAGUACACUAGACUAGUUGCCAUGCCAGAGACCGCAAGGAUUGACCACGUCCUCAAGUUGUUUAUGGACAACUGGGUGGGUGAUUUUGGACUUCCAAAGUCAAUCGUUAGUGACAAAGAUGUCCGAUUCACAAGUGAGCUGUGGAAGAAGACUGCUGAGCAGAUGGGCAGUCAACUUCAGAUGACUUCAGGGAAUCAUCCCGAAGCCAACGGACAGGCCGAGCAAAUGAACAGAGUUGUACAGCACUUGCUGAGGCAUUACAUCAAGCCCAGCCAGGAUGAUUGGGAUGAGAAGUUACCUCUCAUCGCCAGCCUGUACAACAAUGUUGUACACAGCAGUACCGGCUAACCAGCUGCACUUGGGAUGGAAGCCUAGAUCAGCUCUAGACUU